CUUGUUCCCGGUGGCAAAGUCAACGUGAACCAAAAAAUCAUACGCUGGAAGUGCUACGGCAACAAACGCGCUCGAUUGCCUCACUCAAGAGAAAAUCCCAACUCAAGUUGUCGAAAUGGAGCGAUGCGAAGACAGGCGAGGAGGGAGAAGACGAAGGAAAAAAGCUGCACUUUAUUAGUCCGGCGCGUCGGAAAUCUGUUUUAGCACCCAUAUUAAAUAAGAUUAAAAAUGGUAUGGAUGCUGCAGAUAUUGGGGACAAGAAGCUGGGCAGUGAGAGCAGCGGCAGUGGCCACAUAGCCGUCCAAAUUGAACCCGCCAGGCGUGUCAAGCGCCAUAGCAUACACGGCAUGAUGGAGGAGGAGAACACCAUAAGACCGCAUCAGGAGAUACGUCAGCUGACGCUGGAGGAGAAGAAGUUUCUGCUCGCUGUGGAGAGGGGGGAUAUGGCGGGCACACGCCGGAUGCUGCAGAAGGCGCAGGACACCGACUACAUAAAUGUGAACUGUGUGGAUCCAUUGGGUCGGACCGCCCUGCUCAUGGCCAUCGAUAAUGAGAACUUGGAAAUGGUUGAGCUGCUCAUCAACUACAAUGUGGACACAAAGGAUGCACUCCUGCACUCCAUCUCCGAGGAGUUUGUCGAAGCCGUUGAGGUGCUGCUGGAUCACGAGAAUGUCACCUUUCAGAUUGAGGGCAAUCAUAGCUGGGAGUCCGCUUCGGAGGAGACCUCAACGUUUACGCCGGACAUAACGCCGCUGAUAUUGGCUGCACAUCGGGACAACUAUGAGAUAAUUAAGAUCCUUUUGGACCGUGGCGCUGUCCUGCCCAUGCCACACGAUGUGCGCUGCGGCUGUGACGAGUGCGUCCAGUCCCGGCAGGAGGACUCGCUGCGGCAUUCGCGGUCUCGCAUCAAUGCGUAUCGCGCCCUCGCCAGUCCCAGCCUUAUAGCGCUCUCCUCCAAGGAUCCCAUUCUCACUGCCUUUGAGUUGUCGUGGGAGCUGCGACGCCUCAGCUUUCUGGAGCAUGAAUUCAAGAAUGAGUAUCAGGAGUUGCGCAAACAGUGCCAGGACUUUGCAACCGCUCUGCUGGAUCACACACGCACCUCGCACGAGCUGGAGAUCUUGCUGAACCACGAUCCCACUGGGCCCGUCUAUGAGCACGGCGAACGAAUGCAUCUCAAUCGCCUAAAGUUGGCCAUCAAACUGCGCCAAAAGAAGUUUGUGGCCCAUUCGAAUGUGCAGCAGUUGCUGGCCAGCAUUUGGUAUGAGGGUUUGCCGGGAUUCAGGCGAAAGAAUAUGGCAUUGCAGGCAGUGGACAUUAUCCGGAUUGGCAUCAUGUUUCCCAUAUUCUCGCUGGCCUAUAUACUGGCGCCCUAUUCGGCCAUUGGGCAGACAAUGCGGAAGCCCUUCAUCAAGUUCAUCUGCCACAGCGCCUCGUAUUUCACAUUUCUGUUCCUGCUGAUGCUCGCCUCACAGCGCAUCGAGUCCUUCAUUGGCAGCUGGCUGUGGACCGAUUCGAGCAGCAUGCUCAACCAGGUGGAGGAGGAGCUGCAGCUGCCCACCAAGCGUGGCGCCAAGCCAACGUUCAUCGAGUGGCUAAUCCUGGCCUGGGUCAGCGGCCUCAUCUGGAGCGAGGUGAAGCAGCUGUGGGAUGUGGGUCUGCAGGAGUAUCUGAAUGAUAUGUGGAAUGUCAUCGAUUUCGUGACCAACUCACUGUAUGUGGCCACAGUGGCUCUUCGUGUGGUUUCCUUCUUUCAGGUGAAAAAAGAGAUGAUCUUCAAUUCGCAGGCGACAGAUUUGCCGCGAGAGCGUUGGGACACAUGGGAUCCAAUGCUCAUCUCGGAGGGCCUUUUUAGUGCGGCAAACAUUUUCAGUAGCCUCAAGCUGGUGUACAUCUUCUCGGUGAACCCACACUUGGGGCCACUGCAGGUGUCCUUGUCGCGCAUGGUCAUGGACAUUAUGAAGUUCUUCUUCCUCUACGUGUUGGUCCUCUUCGCCUUCGGCAGCGGUCUCAACCAGCUCCUCUGGUACUAUUCUGAUCUGGAGAAAAAGCGCUGUCCCGAAGUAUCCCCAAGUGUCCUGCUGAACAUGAAUGGCACAAACGAUCCGAAUGCCUGCAUUGUCUGGCGUCGUUUCUCGAAUCUGUUUGAGACCACACAGACCUUGUUCUGGGCUGUCUUUGGGCUGAUUGAUCUCGACAGCUUCGAGCUGGAUGGCAUUAAAAUCUUUACACGCUUUUGGGGCAUGCUGAUGUUUGGCACCUACUCCGUAAUCAAUAUAGUUGUGCUACUCAAUCUCUUGAUUGCCAUGAUGAAUCACUCGUAUCAACUUAUCUCGGAACGUGCCGAUGUUGAGUGGAAAUUCGCCCGUUCCAAGCUGUGGAUUAGUUACUUUGAGGAGGGCGGCACCUGCCCGCCCCCAUUCAAUAUAAUACCGACGCCCAAGUCCAUUUGGUAUGCCUUCAAGUGGAUGCGGCAGGUGUUUUGUAGCGGCUCCUCGGCAGCCCGACGUGAACAUCUCAAGACAAUCCGGCGCAAGGCACAGCAGGCCAGUGAUCGGGACUUUAAGUAUCAGCAGAUUAUGCGGAAUCUGGUGCGUCGCUAUGUGACCGUUGAGCAGCGGAAGGCGGAGUCUCAGGGCGUCACCGAGGACGAUGUGAAUGAGAUCAAACAGGACAUUUCCGCAUUCCGCUGCGAGCUGGUGGAAAUACUGAAAAACAGCGGCAUGGACACGAAUGUGACAGCGGGUCAAGGUGGAGGUGGCGGCGGUAAAAAGAAUCGACAGAAAGAGCGUCGCCUAAUGAAAGGUUUCAAUAUUGCACCGCCGGGAUCAACGGGUUCGCUGGCGCCCGUGGCCGAGUUCUCCACAUCGCUGGACAACUACGAUAAUCAAAAUGAGAUUCUCAGCUCAACGCUAUCCACACUCUUUGCGCCCAAUUUCAUGCACAGGCGCCAGAACACAACGGCCGGCUCCAUUGGCGGCAUGGAGUCGCCAACAUCGCCAACGCAGGCAACAACAGCAGCGGCAGCAACGCCUGCGGCAUCGGCGACAACGGCAGUGCCAGGCAGUGCCACCAAGUACAAUAAGACCACACUGAAGUAUAACAAACGCAUCGCUGGACACAAGAAACGUUGGGGCACACUGAUUGAGGCCGCCAAGGUGGGCAACAUGAGCAAAAUGCUGGGACGCUCCAAGUCCGAGGACUCCGUGUGCAAUUCCUCGCAGAACUCAACGCCUGUGCAUGGCCAGGUGAGGGUGAAAUAUGCACAGUGCUCACCACAGCAUGCAUAUACAGCCCAGCAUGGCGGGGAUCCACCAAAUGCUGCCUCGCUUCCACAUCCUGCAGCCUUGAAUGGUGCCAGCAACAUGGGCCACGCCCAUGUGGGCGUUGGCACACACUUUUUUCACACGACGACGGGUUUAACGGCAAUUGCGGCGCUGAAACGGAAGCGCAAAAAAUUCUCAUCGAGUAAAAACAUUUGCCCCGUCUCCGAAUCCAUUGCGGCUGCGAAUGUGGCAAAUGCUGCCAAUGUGGCCAAUGUUGCCGAUCUGCUGACUGACAAGACGCUGAAACGCGUUUCCAGCUAUCCGGCAGCGAACGCCGAGGGCGGUGUGCCACACAAAGAUCCUGCCCAGCUGGUGAGACCACGACGGCAUGAGCAAACCCAGAGCCAGCACGACUCUGUGGAGGCAUCAACGGAGUUCACGUUGUCCAUCGAUCCAUCCAACACGUCCGUCAAUUCGCGCGAGCCGCUGAUCAGCAGCAGUUGCAUCUCCGCGUUGACGGCCAAUGACUGAAUAUUAUUAUUUAAUUGGUAUCAGGUUGCAGGGAUCGGGGAUGACAUAAUCAUAGUAUCUUAGUAGCUGUAGCUGUAGCUGUCUACUGCACACGCAUUGCAUUCGAAUCGAACAAAUCAAACAACGAUAUACGAACAUUUACAUAAGGACGCAAUGCAGUCGCCAUAUUGAUUGCACAGGACCUUAGACAGAUAGAAACUGGGACAGGUUUGGCUUUGGGUUCAGUCAGUUCAACUGCCAUAAGACAUAAUAUCCAUAUAUCCACAUAUCCACAUAUCAUGUGUCUGUAUUUAGAUGAAUGCUUUCACAGAGAUGCCGUCGAAUUUGAAUCGUAUUUAAAUCGCUAACCAACACCAAAAAUAUAACUAUCCCAUAUCGAUAUUGAAAGUUGCCUUAGCAUGAGAAAUAUUUUUUGUAUGAACUACAGUUAAAAAAAAA